GCUCUUGCUGCCGUCGACAGAAGCUGCAAGGAUGUCGUGUCGGAAGGAUGUGAAAUGUUGUUGGAUUAAGUAUUUUAGUGAAAAUUGUUAGAAAAAAAAAGUGUUCGGUUUUUAUGGCAAUUGGCGUGAAAUUUUCGUUCUAAACAGUGUUGUUAUGGAAUCUGUUGGAAAUAGUUACUGGAAAUACGUUUCAAUAAAGGAGAAACACUUUUUGCUCUUUCAGGCGGGACCGUCCCAGACACGCCAGGAUGCACUUUUCCCAAUUCCAACAUGGAUGCACAUUUUUUCCUAAUUAACUUUGCUUAUCCAUCUCUUUUCAGUAACUUGGAUAAGCGCGGUUUUGAAGAUAUUGUUUUUCGAUUUACUAGAAUAUCCAGAUGCAAGCAAUUUAAAAAUAAUAAUUUUCAGCUAAUUAGAAGUGAAUUUUUCAAACACUGAUAGGAUUUUUCUCUCACACCAACAGAGGAGUCCUCCCUCAAAUUAUCGAUUCACCCCCUGUUCGGGGGCGGUGCUUGCCGGUGGCCCGGUUGCGAGCGGGUUUUCGAUGAAUUUAACGACUUUUACCAGCACCUCCAGUCGGACCACAUCAACGGGGACUACUCGGCGGCCCAGGCCCGCAUUCAGAUGGAGGUAGUCUGUCAGUUGCACCUGCAGCUACAGAAGGAACGUGACCGAUUGCAGGCAAUGAUUUUGCAUCUGAACAAAAAGAACGAAAUGGCUCGCAUUCCGAUGGCCGGUGCUAGUCCGUUCGUUCCGCAGAUUCCACCACCGCCACCACCAUACGAGCUGAUUGGCGGGUUGCGCUUCCCACCAGGAGCGUCCAUUGGAGCAGCAGGCGGCGAUGGUGGAAUGGCUGAGGUGGCAGCACUGCAACUAACUAGCAAGCAACAGCAGGCGUUGCAUCACCAUCAGCAGCAGCACCAGCAUCAACAACAUCACCAACAGCAGGCGGGACGCUCGAAGGGAUCGGGAGUUCGAGCAAAGUAUUUCGGAUCGCAGGAGGCUGAUGCCGGUGGUUUUAAGGAGAUGAACUAUCCCGAUGUACAGGAUGCGGUCGCUUCGUUUUUCUCAUCGACAGAUGUGCAUAAGAAUCGUGAGUUUUAUCGCAGCCAUGAUGUGCGACCGCCAUUCACGUAUGCAUCACUGAUUAGACAAUCAAUAAUCGAGUCGCCGGAGAAGCAACUGACGCUGAAUGAAAUUUACAAUUGGUUCCAAAAUACAUUCUGCUAUUUUCGAAGGAAUGCAGCGACCUGGAAGAACGCCGUCCGGCACAACCUGUCGCUGCACAAGUGCUUCAUGCGGGUCGAGAACAUCAAGGGCGCCGUCUGGACCGUGAACGAGGCAGAGUUUUGCAAGCGUCGGCCCCAAAAGCUGGGAAUAAUGCAGUUUAAAUUUCAGAAUGCCCCCGGGCCAGGUCUUUUGACGACGGGCGGUGGCGGAGGCGGCAGCAGCAAGAAGAAAUCGGUCCCCGGUCAACCGACGCUGCCACCGCCGACGACGUUGGGGCUGAAGCUGCCACCGCCGGCCACCUUCUACUACAAACAACGGUUCGUACAGAUUCCGGCUGGUGCGGCACGGAACGAGACUGUAGGAAUGCUGUGUCUCUUCUUCACUCGUUUCUCUAGUUUUCUAUUUUGUAUUUUGGCUCUCGAUUUGUGAAUUACUAUUGAGAACCCGGUUUCCCAGUUCUAGCAAGGGUGCGGGGUUCUUUUUUGAAUACAAAUUUUCCUUUUAACUCUUUUUGAUAUAAUAUUUCAGAGGAUAGUCGCUUUACAUUCUUGAUUUUUCUCAAAUGAACAAAUUACAAACGUAAUUUGUUUUUUGAAGUUUGAAAUCAAGAAAAGCAAUGUUGAGAAAUAAUAGAAAUCGUUCACAGCAUUGACGAGGCCAUUCGAGUGUUGGUUGCUUUGAUCAUUUUGCAUUUGUGUCUUGAAUCAAAAUUACAAACAAACUUGAUCAAAGUAGCCAACCAUUCGACUUCAUAGAUUGUGUCGUAAGAUAGUUUUUAAUAAAUUUCCACAACAUUUGUUUAAAAAUUUGUGAAUGUUAUUUGAAAACAAUCGUUUUUAAUUGUUAUUCAAACUUCAUAAACCCUUAAUUAUUUCCUUUUUGAAUUUUGUAGCAUAGUAAUAUGGUCGACAUCGACAACAUACCAAUUUAAUUGAAUCUAUUUGAAAUGUUCAUCUCAGAUGUUUUAUUUUUUGAAAAAGUAGUCGAAAGAUCGUAUUCUAGAACCUAUUACGACACAAUUUUUCUCAAUCUUAUUUAAAGCGACUAUCUAAAAUGGAUGGAAUUUUUGAAAAGCUGAUUUGAUUUUAUCAAAAAAUUAUCAAACACUUCUACAAACUUUUAAAAAUUUCAUCCAUUACAUCCAAUAGAUAAAAUACAACAUUCGGAAAAUUUCCAUAAUCGCAGAAACUGACUAUUAACUUCUUUGUACGAUGUGAAUAAUUUUUGACAUGUUCAAAAACUACCAAUCUAAGCAAUCCAUGAGGCAUUUUACCGAAGGUAUUUCUGCUUUUUGGUAAAUCAACCAAAAAAGGGGAAAGCGAAUUGUAAAAUGCCAUCAUAUUAUACCAUAUUGUUCUCAAAAACACCUCAAAAGCACACAAACCAUCCGCCCUCCGAUUUCGGCUGUCGAUGGUUUGUGUCUUCACUAACAUUUUUCCUCUCUUGUUCUUUUAUUAACGCUAUCCACGUACCAACGUAGCAUAGCUUUGCAUCGCGUUUCUCCAUCAUCAUGCACACACUCUUGACACGCGGGUGCUGCUGCUGUUGCUAUGCUGAAUACGACGAGUGCAAAGCUUGCUGCGAUCCCUGCCCGUUAGACCACGCGACGCAACACAAGCCAGGACACUAGGCAGUGUGCUGAGUAUGUGUGUUGCGCGCUCACUGGCUGGGUGGGGAUGCUAAUGGAAUAACGUUCUAACGGAUUAGUUACGCUGGUGUCAUGCCUCCGUACUUGGUUCGAGUUUUGUUUUUUUUUCUUAAAUACUUGAUUGAUUCAGUGAUUAUGCGUAAAAAUAAAUAUUUUAGUGAGAGAGUCCCACACGCUAUCUUUUUUAAGACAAAUGGUUGUGUUGCGUGCAAUGUACAUGGGUCAUUCCACAUCAGAUUUAUACCACAAUUUUAGUUUUUUUAGAUGAAUAUUGCUCUUUAACCCUUAAAUGCAUACUGUUGCCAUUUGGCAACAUACCGAAUUCUGUGAUAUAAAGCCUCAACAAGAGGUAAUUAUAGCAUCCAUACCAAAAAAUUAGUACCAAAGAAAAAUGAGUUUCAUACAUUUAAGGGUUAACACUACGGCACUCGCGCGAAUGGCUCAGCCACUGGUGCCGGAGAGUUAAUAAAAAAUAUUUGACAUGUUUUAGCGAAAUUGUAUAUUUGUAAGUUCAACAUUUUUCAAUUACUGAUAACUCACAAACUAUUCGAUGAAUGAAUUUUUUUUUUAGUUUGCAUUUUCGUGCGAGCUUCGCGGAAAAUUUCCUAAUUCUUGCCAAUAUUUUAAUUAUGUAUUCUGUAAUUGCUACAAACGAAUUAUUUUCUUUUUGACUUGGACCAGAAUAAUUUUUUUGUGAACAUUUGGAAUCAGAUUGGGAAAAUUGUGAAAAAAUUGCACAGUGGACCUCGGAGUACUUAACGAGAUAUUUGAAUUAUAACAGGCCUAUCAUAGGGUGUCCACUAUAAUCCAUUUGGCUUGCUCAAUGGUUAGAAUUGAAAUAUUUCAUAAAGACAAAUCAACUCUGAAACCUUACACACUCUUCCAAACACAAUUCUAAAUAUAUAAAAAAAAAACAAAAAAAGAACUUUUUGGUCAAAGUUUAAAAUAAUUAAUUUGGCCAUAAUAAUUACAGAGCGCAUUGGCUAAAUAACUAAAAAAAUAUUGCAAGGAAUUUUCCGGUUAGCUCACACGAAAACGCAUAUUUUAUUAUUACAAAAAAAUGUUACAUGCAUCGAAAAGUUUGCGAUUGAUCGAAAAAUAUUUAAUUUUUAAACAACAAAAGGUAAAAAAAAACUGACUUGGAAAAUUAUAUUGUAAAAAAUUAUGUGGAAUGUCUCACACAUAUUUUUGAAACUUAUACUGCCGGGACAACUAUGCGAACAUGGGUAGAAUACUGCCUAUACAUAAUAACAAGUCGGUCCCAUUCAGAUAAGGAAUCCAAUAGAACAUGGGACUGGCUUGCGAUUAUAGGCAGUAUAUCUUAGCCGUUUGGAGCCCGAUUUUCAAAAUUUUCAAAUUCAAAUUUAACGACAUUCGAUUGGCUAGAGAUUACUGGGCAGGGAAAGUUAUGAAAAUUAGAGCCAUAGUACUCAAGUGAGAACAAGGAUGUGAAGUAUACAGAUCGAAAAACUAGAAGUGGCAGGUUCAUCAGAACAGGUUUAAUAUCUUACGGGCAUAACUUUUGUCUUCUGCUAAUGAAGGUCGAGCUUAGGCAGCAUAACUACGGAUCCUUGGCAUAGACCGACUUGUCCAUCUUCACCGUGGGAACCGACAAGGAAUGGACAAGUCUGUCUAUGCCAAAGGACAUGCUGGUGAACUCGAGUGAUUCGUAGUUAUGCUGCUUAAGCUCGACCCUCAUCAGCAGAAGACAAAAGUUAAGCUCGUAAGAUAUUAAACCUGUUCUAAUGACCCUGCCACUUCUAGUUUUCCGAUCUGUAUACUUCAAAUAUUUGCUCUCAUUUGAUUACUAUGGCUCUAAUUUUCAUAACUUUCCCUACACAGUAAUUUCAAGCUAAUUGAAUGUCGUUAAAAUGUAUAAAGUUGCAAAAAAUUAUGAAAUUCGGCAGAAAAAAAAUUAAAUGUGUGGUUUAAGACAUGGGUCAUAAAAAUUGAUACUAGUACCAAAUCCUCAGCUCCACCUAUCCUCUGUUCGAACUUUUUUUUAUUCAUUUCGUUUAUUUGAUAGGCACAAAUGCGUUAGCUUGGCGGUGCCAAAUUCUUUAGUUUUUACAUUUUGGAUAUCUUAAAACUAGGAGGUUACAAUGUUGAAAUAUUUUUUUUAUAAAAGAGAAAAUUUUUACACCUAUCUUAAGACUAGAAAAAAAGAUUCUAUAUACAAGAGAGGGGGCAAAAGAUUUUUUUAUGAAAAAUUUUAAAACAAGGAAUUCAAUAGUAAUAGUUUUUUAGGAAAUAUUUACAGUUAUCUUAAAACUAACAAUAUAGUUUGGUACACAAAAGAGGGAACAAAUAUGAAAAAUUUCACAGGUGUUUUAAAACUAGGGAUACAAUUCUAUUUACAAGAUAUGUUCGAAUAUUGACUAAAUAGGAUUCAUAGUGACAGUAGGAUCGUGGCACUAGAUCUGCAAUUAUCGUGCAUCUGCGACGUCGAAAUUCCGCUAAAGUAUUGCAGUAUCAGUGCGUAGCUUCCCUACCCAAAGAGUCAUCACACUUAAGUUUAUAAAAGGUGCUAUUAGAGCAAAACACUGCAGCAUGUCGCAUUAAUUUUUUGUGGGAGGCAAUGAAGUGUUGAUAAAAAAAAAAUCCGACGUUGAAAAAAUGGGUAUAAUUACAUUGAUUCUUAAUUACCGGAUUCAAUGAAUAUUAUUUCAAAUGUCAUUUUACUAGUAUCUUUCCUAAAUAGCCUUUUCUAUGACAUUUUUCCUUCUUGUGAUCAUGAGCAGUUCUUAAGAAUGUUGAUGUUAGAUGUUUCCUUUUUAUCCGCUCAGAGGGCAAAUCAUGCAUGUACAUCAUAAAUAACUGGUGGAGCUGCCGUGCCUUUGAGUAUUCGUCGAAUGACACUUCUCAAAUUCUGCCCAAAGGUGCAAAAUAGCAAAUCAAAUAAAGUAAUGCAUUUCAAUUGAAUUUUAUUUGAGAAGGCAACCGUUUCAUUUAAAAUAGUAAAUAUGGCAACCAAUUCUAGUCAACCAAGUAAAUUUGUCAUAUUGAGACACAAAAUUGAAGGAUUACACAAUGGUAUUGCUUUGGUUAGAAAGUGCAGAAAACAUCAGUGUACUUAAACUCGUUAUAAAAUCAUAAAAAUAGCCCUGCCAAUACGUGUAGUGAAAAAGAUAGAAUCAAACUUUAAAAAAAAUGUAUAAAUCGUUUGAGUGGUGUAUUAUGUGUAACAACAUUGAAGCUACAACCUACAAUUGGGAGCAAAAGGGUAUCAACGCUAUAUAGGUUUAUUUUUAACAACAAGCGGCUGAAACUAGCGCUCUACUCUGCACACUACUUGUGCCUAAAACUUAAAAAAUCGUGAAUGCAAUUUUGAAAUCAUGAGCACAAAUUACUCUAAUUCUGACUAAAAUAUAACAAUAAAAGGAGUAGAAAUUAUGAAAAUCGUGAUUUGGAUCCAGAGAUCAGUAACAUAAAUCACACAACUAGUGACUGAAAUAUCAAAAAACGGACCAAGAUCCUGAAAAUCAUGAACACAAAUCACUCUACUUGUGACUAAAGUAUCACGAUAACGUGAAUAUAAUUUCCGAAAAUAGUGAUUGCGGUUCUGAAACAUAAAUCGCGCUACUCUGCGAGAAAAAUCCGAUCCGAUCACGAAUAAAAUAUUACGGAGAAGAUAUUUCGAAAACUGCGACAAUGUUGCUCUGAAAUCAUGAACAUUGUUCAACUAUCGGCAUGACCAAGAAUCGUACGAAAAACUGUAACAUGUCCAAGGAACAGCCACAGUAACCCAACCGAACAUUAGAAUUAACCGGCAUGUAAUUUUUUGGCGCGAACUAGUUUGUUGAAAAAAAAAACACAAACAGUUUCAUGAAUAAGAGGUUAAAUAUACAUAAUUUCAGGUCACAAUUAUCGUGAAUCGUUCAGUUCACGAAAUCGUGCUUUUUGUUCAUGAAUUUAUGAACGGUUUUUUUUUUCAUCACAAAAUCAGCGGAGGUGUUGGAAAAGAAGAAACGAUGUUUGUUUUUUCUUUUGACCAUUUCGUAUCGACUUUGUCUCAUUAGAAUCUGACACUAACUCAAAGCGGGACUAAACUAACUCAAAGCGGCACAACUUGUGUCUCACAAGAAACGUAGCAUAGUGCAUAGCACAAUGGUUUGCUAAUCUGCAUCAUGUUUCAAUUUACCUGGUCUAGUCAAUCUAAGACGAAUUUCUUUUCUUGCGGAAUAACGCUAGACUAGUGAUUUGUGUCUCCGUUUUCGGAGCUAGCAUCCAUCCGGCUUUAGCUAAGUGCGGCUUAGUGUCAGAUUCUAAAGAGACGACGGAAAAGCAUAAGUUUUGAGAAUCCAAAUACCUAGUAAUUGAAAGUAGGUUGGUGCCCUCGAACUUUAAUGUUAGCUAUCGAACAAUUAAUUUCCGUAUGAAAAAUGCCAUCAAUAAAUUUAUGGCGUUCAUUUCCGUUUGAUGUAACGCAUAUCAUGUAUUCUAAAAAGUUAUUGAGUUGAGGGGUGCCAUAAGUUCAAAUUAAAAGGGGCAUCUGGUGUAAAGUCCUCAAACCGAAAGUUAUUUUGUUUUACGAAGGCAAUGUAACAAUAGAUCUUUUGUGUAAUGCUAAGAUUUAUUUAUACAUUCAUUGUCAACGAAAAAAAAAUAUUUUCAGUCCUGCAGAGCCACACAUACGAGCGUUCCAAGAGUAGACGUCCAACCAUUUCCACGUCGAGGAACGCCGCAAUGAAUUUUCUAGCACACGAAAUUCAAUAAGAUUCGUAAAGCUUAGAUUUGACCAAAAAAAUAGAUAAAGGUUCGAGUUUUGCAAAAUGGCUUCAUGAAAACCGAAAAAUCUUAUAUUUUACAGUAAAAUUCGCUCAUUUUCUUCAAAAUAAUAGGGAGCUUUUUUUUGUUCAGUUUUCUUCGACAGGCUACGCAUAUUGUGCAUUCUCAUAACAAAAUCAACUCAAUUCAUUGGUUAAUUUUUGAGUUACCGUGAUCGCCAAUUUAAAAAAAAACGCGGUUUCGAGAAAAAACGCUAUUAAAGGUGCCCCACAUCAAAUUGCAUCACGGAAAUAACGCUGUAGGGUCACUAAUCUAGAGAUUCAAUAAUAACAAUUAAGCGUAUAAAAAAGCCGAUUUUUACCCACUACACCAGAGGCCCCCCUUAAUAUAUAAACGAUUUGAAAUACACGUUCACCGGUCUCAAUACAGUUGUUCAGAAUUCAUUACUCAACAACAAUGACGAAAAAAGGAUCGUUCUAUCUCAAUUAGAUUUAGUUUUUAAGCGUUUCGAGUCCCCAUCAGUAACUAGCCCCACCUUGGUACCAGUAAGAUGAUACAUCUAAACUAGCACCAAAAUUGGCAUCAGUUAGACACUCAAUCCUAAAUCCAAACAGUCAUACGUCUUGUAUAAACUAAUCAUCUGGCUUGUACCGAGUGAUGUCUCGGAAGGCGAAUGACUUUUUUUGGUUUGCGAAUCAAAACGCCUGGCAAUCUGAAAAAAAUUGGUUUAAGAGUUUCGGAUUCUUCUCUUCAGUAACUAGCAGCACCAGAGUUUCGGAUUCCGCUAACUCAUUAGCAAACCAGAACUUCUGUGUUUCUGUUUCCGAGGCGUCACUUGUUACAAACCAGAUGUUUAGUUUAUUCAAGACGUAUGACUGUUUCGAUUUAGGAUUGAGUGUCUAACUAGUGCCAAUUUUGGUACUAGUUUAGAUUUAUCAUCUUACUGGCACCAAGGUGGUGCUAGUUACUGAUAAAAAGAAUCCGAAACGCUAAAAAUCUAAUUUUAAGUUAGGUUUGAGACCUCCCGCACAAAAAAAUCCUCUUCUGUCAUUUAAAGGUUUUUUGUCAAGUAAACAAAUAUUCAUGACAUCAAAUCCAUAAAUCCAAAGAUGAAAACGUAACCAACUAUUUACUGCUAAUUUAAUCCUGGAUCUCUACAAACCUAUGCGAAAUUUGGAGUCGAUUGGCUAUGGCGUGGCAUCCCGCAAUGCAUUUGAAAUUUGUAUCGCAUUUCUAGAGACCACAAUUUAUCCUGAAUUAUGCAUCUUUUCACACAAAAGUAUUACUCAAGAGAUACC